CUCCCUCCUCUCCCUCCUCUCCCUCCUCGCCGCUGCCGACCAUGACCAACGAAAUCGACGUCGACCACCCUGCCAACAGUCACCACCGCUCCAAUCCUGCCAGUCCCACUGUCGAGACGGAGACGGCGCGACCAGGCACCAGUGGAGGCGCAUCCAACAGCAACAAUGGCCAUGGCAGCUACGACAAGCGCGUGCAAGAUGUCAUGUACUCGGAUAUUGGUAUCAACACCCUCUUGAACCGCCUGAAACAGAGCAUUGCCUCGGCACGCGACUUUGCGCAGUUCCUCAAGAAGCGGUCUACCUUGGAAGAAGACCAGGCCAAAGGAUUGAAGCGUCUGGCGCAAACGCAACUGGAAAGUGUCAAACGUGGCGAUGUCCGCGGCGGGACCUACGCCCAGCAGUUGACCGAGGUGCUGCGCGUGCACGAGAAAAUGGCCGACAAUGGCAUGCAGUUCGCGCUCAGCUUGCACCAAAUGCACGAAGAUCUGGACGUCCUGAGCGCCAACAUGGAGCGUGGUCGGAAGCAGGGCAAGCAUGAUGGUCUUGCUGCGGAGAAGAACGCGAGCGACCUGGAGGCUGCCAUGCAAAAGGCCAAGGCGCGAUACGAGAGCUACGCCGAGGACUACGACAAAGCACGAACGGGCGAUGCACGAGCGGGCAGAAAGCUCGGGAUUAGAGGUCCAAAGAGCGCAGAACAGCAUGAACAGGAUCUCCUGCGGAAGACGCAAGCUGCUGAGGCUGAAUACCGUGCCAAGGUCGACGAGGCUAGGACGGCGCGCGAAGACCUGAUCAGCAAGCAGCGACCCCGGUUUGUCAAAGAGUUGGAAAAGUACAUCAAGGAGUGCGACAGUGCAUUGGCGCUGCAGCUACAAAAGUUUGCCACGUUCAAUGAGAAGCUGCUGCUCGGAAAUGGGUUACUGGUGCAGCCACUGUCCGAAACCUCCAACACGCAGCGCAGUUUGCGAGAUUUGGUCAUGGACAUUGACAAUGAGCGCGACUUCAACACUUUUAUUGGCACCGAGCACUCGAGAAUCCCUGCUCGAACGUCAGAUCUGGUCUUUGAGAAGAGCCGAGUAUUGGAACCCAAGACCCAAGCAGUCCGACGACCAACGUUGACAGCACAGACUCCUGCUGCCUCACAGCCGCCAGCUCCUGCUGUGAACACCGCCGCUUCACAGCCCACUUCGACCAACAGUCGCUUUGGCGGCGCUUCGUCCUCAUUCAGCGGUCCAGGACAGUUCGGAUCCCCUGCAGCGGUCCCGUCGGGUGGCAUGCCCCCUUCAUCAGACUCCUUCCGAGCAGCCUCGCCUCCAUACGCCCCAGGAAGCAGCUCUUCACCUUACAACCCAUCAGCUGCACCCCUUCGAGAUACCUACUCGAGCACACCACCAUAUCCCACUCACCCCAACGAGCGAGUCGCUUCCAGCUACAGUGGUAACACGCCCGUCCAAUCCACCGGUGUCAUCCCUAGCUCUCCCCUACCACCUGCAAGCUCACCAUAUCAGACAUCCUCCUCUCCACAAUUUUCCAACUCCCGGGGCAGAGUCUUUGGCUAUUCUCUGGACGAUCUCUUCGCCCGGGAUCAAUCCGCCGUCCCCAUUAUCGUUUUUCAAUGCAUUCAAGCAGUCGACAUGUUUGGUCUCGAGAUUGAAGGCAUUUAUCGCCAAGCAGGAAAUAUGGCACAAGUCAAUCGUCUUCGCCACUCGUUUGACACCCUACCUCCGAAUGACCCUCAACUCGAUUUCCGUAACCCAUCCAACUUUGGACACGACGUAAAUGCAGUGACGAGUCUGAUGAAGACGUUCUUUCGAGAGUUGCCUGAUCCACUGUUUACCAAGGACACUUACUCGAGCUUCAUCGAAUCUGCUCAAGUCGACGGAGAUGAUGCGAGAAGAGAUGCGCUACAUCAAUGUAUCAAUGACCUGCCCGAUGCAAACUACGCCACCAUGAGAGCCUUGGUUCUGCAUCUCCACCGCGUCAUGCAGAAUGAGGGAAGAACGAGAAUGACGGCUGCCAAUCUCGCAGUGUGUUUAGCACCUACCCUCAUGGGCGCCCAUCAAGGCCCGCAUAUUCAAGAUGCCUCUUGGCAGCAGCGAGUCUUGGAGACCAUUUUGAGUAACGCGACGGCCAUCUUUGACGAGGAUUAGCUCAGCUGGCUUGCAUAUCGAAUUGAUGAGGACGAGGGAUGAUGGGAUGAAAGGUUGAUAUCUUAGGCCGUGGAAGAUUACAUACCUUGGCAUACUUCUUCAUCUUCAUCUUUUUCUCUUCUCUUCGUCGGAGUGAGAAGUUUGCGCGGAAUGUGUGACGUCCCAUAUGUUGUUGUUGUUUUUGUUGUUAUAGCGAUCAAUACAUGUAAGCGAUAG